ACAACACCACAACCAGCCUCUCAUCCUCUCUUCCAAGACUGGCCUAGUUAUCUAGUGUCUAUAACCAACUAGUCAGUCAGUCAGUCAGUCAUGGCAGAGAAGCAAAAACUCCAAGCCCUCCUCAAACAAUCCGGCAACAACACAUGCGUUGACUGCGGCGCACCCCAUCCACAAUGGGCUUCCGUCACCCUCGCCAUCUUCAUCUGUCUUGAAUGUUCUGGCGUGCAUCGUGGCUUGGGCGUUCAAACGUCCUUUGUACGCAGUUGUACUAUGGAUCGCUGGCAGCCUGAACAAGUGGCCAAGAUGGCCUUGGGUGGGAAUGAUGCUUGUGUUGCAUUCUUCCAAGGGUAUCCUGGAUUUUGUACGGGUAUGCCCAUCAAGGAGAAGUACGUCUCUGAAUUUGCUCAAGAUUGGCGGGAGAAGCUGGUUUGUGAGGUCGAGGGUAAGACAUGGGUGAAGCAACCCUAUCAACCACCUGUACAAGCACAAGCACAAGCAACAGAGGGAGGACGGUCUACAGCCGGUGCAGCCCAGACACGUACGGCAUCUCCACAAAAGGCAAAGAAUGAGGCAUACUUCUCAAACUUGGGACAUGCGAAUGCGACACGCUCAGAUGCACUACCACCCUCACAAGGUGGCAAGUAUGUUGGAUUUGGAUCAUCUGGCGCUGCAGACGAUGAUGAACAUCUUAAAUCUGGGAGACGCGCGCUGGAUGCGUUGACGGAGGAUGGUAUACCUGCACCACUCGAUGAUCCACUCGCAACACUCUCUCGUGGUUGGGGUUGGUUGAGCAAGUCUGUUGCAUCUACAGCCAAGACGGUCCAAGCGAAUGUGAUUGCGCCUACUGUUGAGCGACUCAAUGAUCCAGGAUUUGCUGAAGAUGCGAAAAAGUACGCAGUGGGACUUGGUACAAAAGUGCAAGAAGAUGCAAAGUAUGCGUAUGAACGGGCGAAUCGCAUGAUGGAAGGCGGGGUACCUGGUUCUGCUAGUGCAACAGGGUCUGCUACAGAACCGAUGAGUGCACCGGCUGCCGCUGCACCGACAAAGAAAUACAAGGACUAGAUCUCUCCUGUAUGAUUGUUAAGGAU